AUGGAAGCCAUAGGAGUUUUUGGAUCAAAACUCUCCGUUUGGCCUCAUACAAAUUUAUUUCCAGCAUGCAAACUCUAUCGUUUUCCGGUGACCUCGUAUCCUCGUAAGCAUGUACAUUUUGUUCCUUUGAAAGCGACAGCUAAUACUAUGGCUUGUGAAGAUGAAGAAAAUAAUCGUAAUUUCAGAAAGUUAGUCCCUUCUAAAUGGGAUCAUCAAUCCCUUUUUGCUAAUCUAGAUUUCUCAGAGAUGGAUGCGCUUGGGAGAGAGAUAGAGGCACUAAAGCCACAAGUGAGGAACAUGUUCAUGUCUUCCAAAGACAUUAAGAAGAAAAUUCUUUUUAUCUAUUUGCUUGUGACACUUGGUCUCGCAUAUCAUUUCGAGGAUGAGAUCGUGGAGACUCUAAAAGAUGGUUUCCAAAAGAUAGAGGAAAUCAUGUCGGAUGAAGAUGAUUUGUACGCUGUUUCCAUUAUCUUCUAUGUUUUCAGGACAUAUGGUCACAACAUUUCUUCUGAUGUUUUUGAGAGGUUCAAAGGGGACAGUGGAGAGUUUAAGGAGUGUCUUACAAGAGAUGCUAAGGGUAUCCUAAGCUUGUAUGAAGCUGCUCACAUGGGGACAACUACAGAUUAUAUAUUGGAUGAAGCUUUGACCUUCACAUUAAGUUACUUAGAGUCGUUAAGUUGUACAUGCAAACCUAAUAUGUCAAGGCUUAUACGAAACUCUUUGGGUCUACCACAGCCUAAAAACAUGGAGAUAUUAGUGACAAAGGAAUUUAUCCGGUUCUACGGAAAUGAAGAAGAUUGCAACAAGAUGCUACUCAAGUUUUCCAAGCUUAACUUUAAAUUCCUCCAGCUACUUUACCUUCAAGAAUUCAAAAUCCUUUCAAAAUGGUACAAGGAACAAGACUUUGAAUCUAAGUUGCCACCUUACUACAGAGACAUACUUGUGGAACUGAACCUCGCUACGCUAGCAUACAUGGAGCCGAAACAUUCACGAGUGAGAAUUUUUCUGACUAAGUUUUACACGAUUCAAGUAAUACUAGAUGAUACGUGUGACAGAUAUGCUUCUCUUCGUGAGGUCGAAAUCCUCGCCGAUACCAUUGAAAGGUGGGAUCUCGACGAUCAUGCCAUGGAUGGACUACCAGAUUAUUUGAAAUCAUUGGUUAAAUUUAUAUUUGGUACAUUCCAAGAAUUUGAAAGAGAACUUGGGUCAGAAUUAGGAGGGCUUUACAGUGUGAAAGCCACAAUUGAAUACUUCAAGAGAUAUAUGAGAAGCAACCUUCAACUUGCGAAAUGGGCAAGUGCGGAUCACUUGCCUAGCUUUGAGGAGUACCUAGAUGUUGCUGGACUCGAGAUUGCUGUAGAAUUUACUUUGGCAUGUAUUUUGAUGCUCAUGGAGAAUAUCCGCAAGGAAGAAGCUUAUGAGUGGUUGAAAUCUAGAGACAAACUCGUUAGAGCAAUGUCUACAAAAGCACGAGUACCUAAUGAUAUGUUUGGUUAUGAGGAUGACAUGAGCAGAGGAUAUCAGACGGGCUCGGUCAACUGUUAUAAGAAGCAAUAUGGAGUUACCGAAGAAGAAGCAUUCAGAAAGCUUGGUCAAUUGAUUGCAGAAGGUGAUAAGAUGAUGAAUGGGGAGAUUUUGAAGCCAAUCAAUGUGCCACGCCAGGUUCUAAAGGUAGUCAUCGACACUUUACGUGCACUGAAUGUUGGAUAUGAUAAAGAAGAUGGAUUCACCCGUCCUGAUCGACAUCUCAAGAACCAUAUCAUGUCUAUAUACGUUAAUCUUUGAAGACGUUGGUGUAUCCAAACUUGUGGUUUAGUAAGUGAAUGUGUAUGUACUUUUCCUACAAUACUGUGUC